AUGCAGAGACUCAGAGGUCAGCCUCUCUGUCUCUCUCUCUUUAGCAAUGCAGAGACUCGGAGGUCAGCCUCUCUCUCUCUCUCUUUAGCAAUGCAGAGACUCAGAAAUGCAGAGACUCAGAGGUCAGCCUCUAACUCUCUCUCUUUAGCAAUGCAGAGACUCAGAGGUCAGCCUCUCUCUCUCUCUUUAGCAAUGCAGAGACUCAGAGAUCAGCCUCUAAAUCUCUUUAGCAAUGCAGAGACUCAGAGCAAUGCAGAGACUCAGAGGUGCAGCCUCUCUCUCUCUCUCUUUCUUUAUGCAGAGACUCAGAGGUCAGCCUCUCUCUCUCUCUUUAGCAAUGCAGAGACUCAGAAGUCAGCCUAUCUCUCUCUCUCUCUCUCUCUCUCUUUUAGCAAUGGAGAGACUCAGAGAUCAGCCUCUCUCUCUCUCUUUAGCAAUGCAGAGACUCAGAGACUCAGAAUGAUCAGCCCUCUCUCUCUCUCUUUAGCAAUGCAGAGACUCAGAAGUCAGCCUCUCUCUCUCUCUCUCUUUAGCAAUGCAGAGACUCAGAAGUCAGCCUCUCUCUCUCUCUCUCUUUAG